GGCGGCGGCAGCGCUAGCGCUAUGGAGCCGGGCCCCGGCGGUCGAGGCGCAGCGCGCGGACAGCGGCCCCCGAGCACCACCGCGCAGCCCCGGGAGCAGGAGCGGAAGCUGGAGCAAGAGAAGCUGUCCGGGGUGGUGAAGAGCGUCCACCGGCGGCUCCGCAAGAAGUACCGGGAAGUGGGAGAUUUUGAUAAGAUCUGGCGAGAACACUGUGAAGAUGCGGAAACACUUUGUGAAUAUGCUGUUGCAAUGAAAAAUUUGGCAGAUAAUCACUGGGCAAAAACUUGUGAAGGUGAAGGUCGCAUUGAAUGGUGUUGUAGUGUCUGCAGGGAGUAUUUCCAAAAUGGUGGGAAGAGAAGAGCACUUGAAAAAGAUGAAAAAAGAGCUGUACUCUCCACUAAGACCACUCCAGCCUUAAACGUGCAUGAGUCUGCUAAACUUGAAGGUCGUUUAACAAACCUCAGCUUUACAAGCCCUGAAUUUAUAACUGAGUUGCUUCAAGCCUCAGGAAAGAUCAGAUUACUUGAUGUUGGCAGCUGCUUUAAUCCAUUUUUGAAGUUUGAAGAAUUUUUAACUGUUGGCAUAGACAUUGUACCUGCUGUAGAGAGUGUGUAUAAGUGUGACUUCCUGAACUUGCAGCUUCAGCAGCCACUCCAGCUUGCACAAGAUGCUAUAGAUGCUUUUCUGAAGCAGCUGAAAAAUCCUAUUGACUCUCUUCCUGGAGAACUUUUCCAUGUGGUGGUUUUCUCUCUCCUCCUCUCCUACUUUCCGUCACCCUACCAGCGAUGGAUUUGCUGCAAGAAAGCCCAUGAGCUGUUAGUGCUGAAUGGCUUAUUGCUCAUCAUCACUCCCGAUUCCUCCCAUCAGAACCGGCAUGCUAUGAUGAUGAAGAGCUGGAAGAUUGCCAUAGAAUCCCUGGGCUUUAAGCGCUUCAAGUAUUCAAAAUUUUCUCACAUGCAUCUCAUGGCUUUUAGGAAGACCUCCCUUAAAACCACCAGUGACUUGGUUAGUAGGAACUAUCCAGGGAUGUUAUAUAUUCCUCAGGAUUUCAACAGUGUAGAAGACGAGGAGUAUUCUAACCCUUCCUGCUAUGUGCGAUCAGAUAUAGAAGAUGAACAGCUAGCAUACGGUUUCACGGAGCUCCCUGAUGCUCCUUACGACUCAGAUUCCGGGGAAAGUCAAGCCAGCUCUAUUCCAUUCUAUGAGCUAGAGGAUCCUAUCUUACUUUUAAGCUAGUGUGACAGCAAAAAGGCCCCUCCAUUCCAGACUCCUCAACUAAUUACUUACACUAAUCAGAAUACUAACAUGAACUCGGUGUUUAAAGCCUGGUUUGCAUAGAAGAAAUGCAAACGUUUACAGAGUUUGCUAUUUUUCUCUACUUCUGGAUUUCAAAUUUUAUUCUUAUAUAGGAAGCUUAAAUUUCAUGCAGAGUGACUUCUGUCUUAGCAGAAACCACUGUUAGCAUUAAGAAUAAAAAGGUACCUUUGUUCUCUUUAGUGCUGUUAUGAAGCCUAAUUUACUAUGUAUUUCCUUUUCAGUUUAUUGCUGACUUUACACCAUUGUCGUGGGGAACCUUAAGAUGUGUAGAAAGCUGUAGAUUGCACUUUGAUGAGUCACAAGUUAAAUAUUUCGCACAUAGGUUGGUUUAGUUGUUUGUGGUGCACUUACCUUUCCUUUAAAUUGUUGCCUAUUACAGAAAACCUUUUACACUCAGUUCCAUCAGACCACACAGUAUUCCUGACCUUGUGAAACUGGCGAUGCCGCUUUUCAUCUUAAGCUCCUUUUGGAUCAUUAGACAUUAGAAGAGAGAUUUCCCAAACUCUGUACUCUGAUGUCAUUCACACAGCACAGCAAGCACCAUUGCCAAAGUCGUGUUUCCAUGAUGUUCUUACUCAUCCAAGCUCUGCUGUUCAGUGUAUUUACACCUGAAAGCUCCUUUUUAUUUUUUAAAAAUUAGACUUCAUUUACAAAAUGUUCUGUUUAAGCGAGGAACAAUGUACAAUACUUAAUACUGACCUGGAACACCUUUAUGAAAGGGUUUGUGUUUGUAAGAGUUUAUAUUCUGCUGUGACCAACUCUGAUAGCACCUCAACUGUCCAUUAAGGCACUGCUGCACUACACAUUUGGAAUUACUUUAACAUUUUUGAAAUUAACCUUCUCUUGAUAAUCUCAUAAAAUGGUCUUGACCUUUUGGUAUCCUAAUCCUUUCUAAGCUCUAGCAGAAAAUUUUCUUUGACUAUAUAAACAAUUAGUUGGCUGUGGGAAAUUUCCCUUUCCACGUUGAUGAAUGCCUUUCUGUGUUUCUGAAUCAGAAGCAAAUGAUUAACUAGAAAUAAUAUGUCAAAACAAGACAAGUUUAAACAGUUAAGAACAGUCCACAUUGUCUUGUCAGCCAGCAAUUGUCAUAUGUCAUGUAAACUAUCAUUUUUAAGAGUGCCACUGUGUGGAUUUUUUUUUCAAGUGGUUAGUACAUUAAAAUUACCUCAUACUGAGGUUUUUGCACUGAAAUAUCACAGUUUCAGAGUUCAUGGUUAAUGUUAUGUACGUGUGUGUGUGUGUGUGUGUGUGUGUGUGUGUGUGUGUAUUUUUAGAAGAAUCUUGCAUUUUCGGUAGUUGAUCCUAAAUUUCAUAAACUGCACUUCUUUCCUCUGGUAAAAUGGAUGUUUUGUGCUUAUUGUGAAUUGUUAUAGUUAACUUUGAAUGUCAAUUUUAUUUAGAAAAACAUAAACGCACUCUUUAAGAUAUCUGUUCAUUGUAUGUAUCCAAUAUUUCAAGUUCAGUGUUACAUGCUAAGUUAAUGAAAGUAACAAGAUUAAAACUAACUUUAGAAAUGUCAGUUGUCUAAAUGCAAUAAACAUCAGUUGUUCAACUAUGCCAUAAUAACUUGACAUUUUUCAUUUACUUUCAGUAGCGUACAGUCCCAUAAUCACCAGGGCUGGUAUUUCUUCUCAUUUUGGCACUACAGGAUAAUGUUUUACAACUCCCUCAAAAGAAGAGAAGACAAAGAUUGAACAGGCACUGUGUUCAGGAUAAAACAAGGAUCUCUCUUACCAUACUGUUCUCUUGUUUAUUUUGUUUACUAAUUACAAUGCUAAGAGCAAAGAAAACAACACAGCAGAUGAAAUUGCUUUGAAAGUAAAUGAAAGAGUGCUUUGGAAGGCUGAUCUGGGGUGACCUUUGAGACAGUGUUUGUGUUACAGCAGAAAUGUUGGUGCUAUGAAUUCUUCUGAUUGUUUACUGGUAUUGAGUCUGCUUUUGCUCCAAGGAGUGCAUGAUGUAUUUAAGUAGUGCUUAAAAAUAUCUCUUUAUAAGAACUACUACCACUUAGUAUAAGUUGUUUGGUUUUAUUUCAUUUGUUACUGUAAACUCGGCUUACUCAAGUUAGAACUUACACCAAUACAUAUUCCACAAGGCCAGUUCAGUGAGUAAGUGUUGAAAUAUAAGCAGUCAUUGUGGUUUGGGGUCCGAUUAUAUAAAUAAUGACCAGUGAGGUUCAUGGGUCCUUCCAGUAUCACAUGGGUACACUAAAUAUUUCAUUUUGGAUAUAAAUAGUUUAAGGGACAUCCUGUCACAUUCAUACAAUUUUUCCAAAAUAAUUUGGUAUUUCAAAGACAUGAUAUGGGCCAAGUUGUGGUGGGGAAAGCCUUUAACCCCAGCACUUUAGAGGGAGGCAGUUAGGCAGAUCUCUGUGUUCGAGGCUGGCUUGGUCUACAGAGUGAGUUUCAGGAUAGCCAGGGUUACACAGAGAACCUGCCUUGGGAAAAAAAAAAAAAGUCAGAUGAUAAUCAUGUGCUUUGGUUUGGGCUCAUUGGGAUUGUGAACAGAUCA